CGUAGCUAGCGAGUUGUUCUCUUGCGGGACGUUGGUGUGGCCGCAGCUGCAGAGUGUAUCGGCUUGUCGUGUUCCACUCUCCCCGAUUAUGUGUCAUCAACGGUGGAGGGGUUUUUAUCUGUGGGUAUACUGUGUGCUUAUUUCGGAUAUUUCUAUUGGAUUAACCGAUGGCGAGCCGCGAUACGAAGGAAAUAAGGUGGUUCUUCUCGACACAACACUUGAAAGUUCCUUAGAAUGGACAAGGUAUCCAUAUGGCCCCCAGUCAAGAACCCCUGGAUGGGUUGAAGAAAGCUUUACAAACUUUGAACAAGGAAUUAAUUGGCGGUCAUAUGUAGUUUGUGAUGUAGCUUAUAACAGUGUGAAUAACUGGCUGUGGACACCUUUCAUCGAACGAAGAGAGGCCAAUCGAAUGUAUAUUGAAGUGAAAUUUAGCAUGAGGGACUGCAAUCUGUUCCCAGGCAUGGCACUAUCAUGCAAAGAAACAUUCUCUCUUCUAUAUUAUGAGUUUGAUGCUGCUACGAAAGAACCACCACCAUGGGAGCCUGACUCUUAUAAGCUCAUCGAUCGAAUAGCUGCAGAUGAAGGCCGUUUCACUUCAACCAGUGAGGUGAUUAUAAACACUGAAGUAAGAAGUGUUCCCAUCACCAAGAAAGGUGUCUAUUUUGCAUUUCGAGAUCAAGGUGCCUGCUUGUCUCUUAUAGCAAUCAAGGUCUUUUACAUUACUUGUCCAUCAGUGACACUCAAUUUUGCAUACUUCCCUGAAACUCCUACAGGACAUGAACUUCCUGCAAUUGUAUCUGCAGAGGGGCAGUGUGUGGCUAACACUGCUGUUGUGGAUACUCCCCGCCUUCUAUGCAAAGGUGAUGGAAACUGGACUUUGCCUUCUGGUGGCUGCAAAUGUAAUCCUGGCUAUGAACCAGUAGAUCAGUCAUGUCAAUUAUGUUCCCCUGGUAUGUAUAAAGAAAAAGUUGGAGAUGAACUAUGUAUGCCAUGCCCAUUACAUAGUUCUGCAUCAUUUAGUGGUUCUGUUGAUUGCCAGUGUGACAAUAAUUUCUACAGAGCACCAAAAGAUCCAAAAUCUUGGCCUUGUACAGAACCACCUUCCCAGCCUCUGAAUUUAUCUGAAACUUUUGUGGAUCAGUCUUCCGUGCUCCUUUCCUGGCUGCCACCAAAGUUCUUGGGAGGUCGUAAUGAUACAUUUUACCGAGUUGUAUGUGAUAAGUGUGGAAGUACUGUUGCAUACAUUCCAUCUCAGCAAGGUUUCAGUGACACUAAGGUGACUGUAACAGGUCUCAGUCCUGUAACAUCUUAUAAUUUUAAAGUCUAUGCUGAAAAUGGGGUAUCAAGCUUCACCAAGAGUAUGUUUGCUGAAAUUACCAUCACCACUGAAGCAUCAGUUCCUUCUGUUGUUUCAAAUGUGCGAAUAAAACCUCUCAAAAGUUCCGAAAUGUUACUAGAAUGGGAUGCUCCAGAUGAUCCAUUUUCUGACACCGAGAAUUAUGAGUUGAGGUACUUUCCAAAGGGUCAUGAAAGAAAUGGGUCCACUCUGACAACCACAAAAUUAGAAGCUGUAAUUCGAAAUUUGAAGGAAGAAACUCUUUAUGGAUUCCAGGUUCGUGCGAAAACCACGCAUGGCUGGGGAGAUUAUAGUAAAGUAAUAUACAAGAUGACAGGAGCAAAACUAGCAACUCGAGAGCUUGUCACUGAUGACCAAGUUCAAGUGCCAAUGAUUGUUGGAGUUGCUGUAACUGUUCUUGUUCUAGUUGUUGUUGUAAUUGUGAUAAUAGUCGUAUACAUACGAAAAAGCUCUGAUGAAUGCAAUAAAAAACAACCAAGUGAUUGUGAUACAUUAGAAUACCGUAAUGGGGAAGGUAAGAAAUUAGUGCCAGCACUUGUUCACCCACCUAUUGUUCCCACUGCAUGGUUGACCACUCCCUUGUUUACACAAUGUGGAGCUUCAAGAGCCUAUAUUGAUCCACAUACGUAUGAAGACCCUAAUCAAGCAGUACGAGAGUUUACUAAAGAAAUUGAUGCAUCUCACAUUACAAUUGAAUCAAUUAUAGGAGGAGGUGAAUUUGGAGAUGUUUGCAAAGGUCGUUUGAAACUUCCAUGCCAAACAGAAGUUACUGUUGCCAUCAAAACCUUGAAACCAAGUUCUUCUGACAAAGCACGAAUGGAUUUCUUGACAGAAGCGAGUAUUAUGGGCCAAUUUGAUCAUCCUAACGUUAUUUAUCUCCAAGGAGUUGUAACAAAAAGUAAUCCUGUUAUGAUCAUUACUGAAUUUAUGGAGAAUGGAUCCUUGGAUACAUUUUUAAGAGCCAAUGAUGGAAAGUUUCAAGUCAUUCAACUUGUUGGAAUGUUGAGAGGUAUUGCAGCUGGAAUGCAGUAUUUAGCAGAAAUGAAUUAUGUUCAUAGGGACCUUGCAGCACGCAAUGUUCUUGUGAAUGGAAACUUGAUUUGUAAAAUAGCUGAUUUUGGUCUGUCGAGGGAAAUAGAAAGUGCUACAGAAGGUGCAUAUACAACAAGGGGUGGAAAAAUACCAGUCAGGUGGACUGCCCCAGAAGCCAUUGCAUAUCGCAAAUUCACUUCUGCAAGUGAUGUCUGGAGUUUUGGAAUUGUGUUUUGGGAAGUGAUGUCAUAUGGGGAAAGACCAUAUUGGAACUGGUCAAAUCAAGAUGUUAUAAAAAGUAUAGAAAAAGGUUAUAGGCUUCCUGCUCCAAUGGAUUGUCCAGAAGCUUUACACCAACUAAUGCUGGAUUGCUGGCAGAAAGAACGUGCUCACAGACCAACAUUUGCGAUUAUUGUCAAAACUUUAGAUAAGUUAAUGAGAUGUCCUGAAAGCUUGAAAAAGAUAGCCCAAAACAGACAUCAAAAUCCUUUGGAUCCAAAUGCACCAGACAUGACUCAGUUUAAAACAGUUGAUGAGUGGCUCGAUGGGAUCAAAAUGGCACGUUAUCAAGAAAAUUUCCAGCAGGCUGGUAUCACAACGAUGGAUGCUGUGACCAGAAUCACUCUGAAAGAUGCUCUAGGAGUUACUUUAGUUGGCCAUCAGAAGAAGAUAAUUAACAGCAUUCAAACAAUGAGAGCACAAUUGAAUGCAAAUAUGUCGGAAGGAUUUUUAGUAUAGCAAAGCUCAAAUGAACUCGGUCAGACAUGUAAAAUAAGAUAGUUGGGUCUAGCACCGUGACUUCUUUUUCUAACAGGUGCCAUUGCUGCCACACAAAACAAACAAAAAAAAAAAAAAAAAACUUCUGGUUUGAAGUCUCAUUGGGCACGAUGUGAUAUGCCUCCGAAGUGGCAAAGGGCGAAGACCGUUUUUUCGAGAUAUGGUGCUGCGAGCCCCAGUAGCUUGCUUGCCCUCUUUGCUCAUUGAUGGCAUCUGUUCCUCCUGGGCAACCAGGCCAGUCAAAAAGAAAAAGGUUUCUUCUGUACAUAUAACAUAUCAGAUCUUGGAAAUGAAAUUGUGACAAUAUUUGCCCAAUUUUCCAGUGGCAAGAUUCCAGGAAGGAACUGUAAGAGGUGGAAAGAGCAGCAUAUCAUUUCCAGUAAAAACUGUUGGUGUACUUAAUUUUGAAUUGCAGCUGUAUAUUUGUUCUUGUGCUGCUCAUCUCUUUCUUUAUUCAUCUGUGAUCUGCAACAUUAUGUAAAUAUGCAACAGAGUGUUUGUGUGUCAUGUAUGUUUUUCUUUAUUCUGUUUGUGGAAAGAUGGUGCUUAUCAUUUGUUAUUUUGACUGUAGGUACAUUAAUAUAUUCAGUUAUGUCACAUUUUGAGUCUUAGCCCAUUGCUCCCGUCCUUGUUUCAAAACGAGAAAAAUGGUAAAGAUUUGUUAAAUACUUUUUAUUUCAGUAGCUGGGCAUAUUUCUGUGAUGCAUGUGCUUAGAAGCAAUAUUUGUGACUUGCAAAAGGUAGAAUAAAGAAGUUGCUCAUGUUAUGUACUGGCAAAAUACACCGAUAGUGAUUUAAAUGUAAUUUUAAUAGUCAUAGUGUCACUUUAUUUGCAAAUGUAAGGUAACUCGCAAUGGCAAUACUAAAUAUGUAAUGAUUAUUUUUUGCAUUCUGUUAUAUAGUUAAGUAAGUUGAACUACAGCAUUGAAGUGUUAUUAGUGUAUUUUUUUUUUUUUUUAAAGAAGUGAUUGUUGUUCAUUUAUUUGCGUUAUUGCCUACAUAAUCUGCUAAGUUUAUUUUAAAUCAUUAAGCUUUCAUUUCAUUGCUUUGUUCCUAUGAAAGCAAUCAGAAGUUAUUUGAGUAAUAAUGGUGCUGUUGUUUAUAUAUUUACUAUGCAAUCAAGUAUAUGGAACAAAGCUCACUAAGAUGCAAGAUGUAGAAUUCAUGUUAACAUACUUUAACAUUACCAAAUAAGUAUGAAAGGGAAGAUUUGGAACUAGAAUUAUAUAGUACCUAGAAGUAGUUCCUUAUCAAUUAUGCAAGGUUUUACUUUAAUAAUGGAAGUGAAAUAAUGUCUAACAAUAGCAAAUCAUCCAGAGGCCUAUACUUCUAUUUUUAUAUUUAUAACCCUUAAUAUAGUCUAAAAUUGAAUUAACUGAGUUGAAAAAAAAAAUUGCAUUUGAAAGCAAAAAAAAAGACUUAACUGCCUAAUUUUAAUACUGAAGCCAGUAAAUAUUUAAAUUAUGAGAUGUAUAAACAUAUGCCUAUUAGAGUAAAUAUGGUUGAUAUUUGAAUGAAAGAAUCGGAGCAAUAAUAGUUGAUGUGUUUUGCACUAUAAAAUUGCAAAAAGACAGAAAAAAGAAUGACUUAUAUUUUUUACAAAUGCUAUACAUUAUAAAAGGUUAACAUUUUUGCUGAUGCAUAAUAUAAAGCAUUUGAUAUGCUUUUUCUGCUUAUUUUGUAAAAAUAUAUGAUGUUAUGUAAUAAAAAGAUAAUGCCAAUCCAAAACUUUUUUGAGAACAUAUAAGCUAUGCAACUUUAAGCAAAGGGGAAUUGUAAAGUUAUUUUACUUUAGUAAUAUUAAUCUGUUUUUUGUUUUGUUUUAGAUGUUUGCAUGUUCACAUUACAUUAUUCCUUUCAUGUUUUUGUGUGAUAUAAAUUCAGUAAAACUUUAAAUUAGGUAAUUUUACUAUGAAAAAUGCAAUAUUUCGUACAUACGUGAAUGAAAUGUAAGCAGGAGAGGGACAAUGUUCUGUCAUCCGUGUUUAAAUUUAUGUAUUGCACAACUGUUUUCCCUUUGUUGAAUAGAAAUUUGCAUGUAAUUAAUUGUUUGUAUAUAUAUGUAUGUUUCAGAUGGGGGGCAAUUUAAAUCUAAAAACUGUACACUCUUAUUAUUAUUGUUUUAUAUAGAGUUUUAGUGCCAAAGUUUGUGACCAGUUUUACAUUUGUCAGUCUAACUAUGCAUUACUAAUGAAAAGUUGCAUGCGCUCCAAUUCCACUGCCUUGUUUUAAUUUUUUUAAUUAAUGAAGCAUGACGUCUCUAUCUCAAAGUUUUCUUAGUAACUGACAUGUUAAUGUACAUUUAAAUCAUUUUAAAUAGUUUGAAUAUUUAAAGUUUUUAAUCGAUUUGUUUUUCAAAAGUAGUUCCAUAGAUUUUUGUUGACAUGUUUUUAUGUGACUGAUGCUAAACGUUUUUAAAUUUGUAAAAUAAUAUUUUUUCUUUUCAUUUAGGAAAUACUAAAUUUUGAUGAAUAAUAAUGAUAAGUGUUAUGUACUUAAUGCCGUAAGUUUUUAAGAAUUAAUCUUGAAACAGUAAUAGCUUCCUUCAUCUAUCAUCUAGUCAGGAUAGGUAAAUAAGCAGGCAAAAUUAAUGCAGUUUUGUGAAUCAUAAUAUUUAGAUUUGCUUUCUUUACUGUUAAAAUGUGUCACCUGUAUUAGGAUAAUUAAUUAUGUUAAGGAUAAUUAAAUUUUUAACCCCUUAGAGUAAUUUCAAUACAUAUCUCUCUUUAUAUUGCUGCAUCGAAUAACUGUUUUCAGAUAUAGAGAGUCACCAUAUUUUAAACUUAUUGCUGCAAAUAAUAGAAAAUUAUAUGUAUUGGAAAAUGCUGGAAUUUCACUAUAUAUAUUUGCACUGCUUAUGAAAACUUUGAAAUGUAUAUUUACUGCAUAAACGAAAUACUUUCACAUGUAUAUUUAAAUAAAUCAGUGGCCACUUUAUUAUUCCACUUUGUAUAUAUUCUAAUGCCAUAAUUUUGUGCACUUGUUACUAUGUACAUGCAAUAUACACUUUUUAUUGCAAAUCAAAAUGCUUUAGAAGGAGUGGCAUACAGUUAUGUCUUUUGACUUUAUUUAAUUCUUUUUGCUUUCAUUGCUUCCUUUUAAAACUAUUCCACAAGUGCAAUGUUUAGUGAUAGCUUGAAUCACAGAACAACUAAUAACAAGUAGCUCAUUCACUCUCAGAUAUUUAUGAUUAAGUAUUAAAUACACAUCUACUACAUACAGGGUUUCCCUCCCUCCUCCAGAAUAGAAUUUGAAUAAUUUUAGAAUAAUUAAUUUUUUUCAUUUUUUUUGGGGGGGGUCAAUUUCUUUAUCCUUUAAAAAAAAAUUUCUCUCUCUCUCUCCUCUUUUUUUUUUUUUUUUUCCCCAACUUGUAAUGCAUGCAAAUUUUAUCUUUGAUACCUAUUUACAAAACAGUAUACGUGAAUACGAAUAAUCUUUAAAAGAAAAACAAAAAUGUGUAUUUAAAGUUAUGUAUUUUCUAUAUUCCAGAUAUCUGCUAUUAAUAAAAAGAAUACAAUCUGAAAAUUAGUUAAAAUAAUCCCCCUUCCCCUUUCCAAAGUGAAUUCUAAGCAUGUAGUAUUUGUUUAAAGAGAACUUUUUACUUCUAUACUGUGGUUGUACUGAGAUUUAAAACGAAGUCAGCAAUGUAACAUAAUAGAAUCGUGUGUUUAAAAUGAGCUCAGUGAAUUUGUGAUAUGAAACCUUAUUUUCUUGAUUUUUUAAAAUUUUUAUUUAAUUUCAUAAUUGCUUUUAUCUUGCAUAAGAGUGAAGUUUGCCAUUUUCACAUUUUGAGAGUGACUCUUCUAUUUCAAUGAAGCAAUAAAUUGUUGAUAAAUACUUUGAUAGAUAAACUGAGUUUUAUAAUGUCCAUGUGUUUAAAAAAAAUAACUUUAUCUAUAGUAAAUUUUCCAUAACGAUUGUAUGAAGUAAUGUUACAUAAGUAUAAUGGAUCAUGAUGUUUCCUAUUUUUAUAAUGCAUAUUUUUUGGAUAAAUUAAUGAAUUUCUGCUUAAGCUGGAAAUUAAUUUUUUAUGCUGCAAGUUUUGCAAGAUAAAGCAAAAAAGAAAUCUUAUGCCUUUGUAAAAACUAAUAAUUGAAGUUAUAUAUAGUUGCAAUUGCUAUCUGGCAUUUUAGGAUUAAUGCUUGCCAUAGAUAUUCCCUAAAAUCUUGUAAAUUGCUUUUUAUUUUAAUGAAAUGAUUGCAGGGAGAAUGGCUAAAUUCAAAUUCUGCUAUGAAAUUUUAGUUUUUAAAAAUAACAACCUUCCUUUUUUGCACCAGUGUAGCCAUUGCAACAGAAAAGCACCUUGUUGGAAUACGGAUGCAAUUUACACUAUAUUUACUUGCUUGAAGCUAUAGUUAUGCAAAGGUGAAAAAUCCAUGCAGUUUUUAGUAAACAGUCUACAAAAUGCAUGGUCUGUCAAAAAAAGCUUAAAUGUGUAUGUGUGUUAUUGUAAAUUUGUUUAUAUGUGUGCAUUUGUCAUUGAACAAAAUGCAACUUAUUUAUUUUCAGGAAGGCCGUAGACACUUCCUGGUGUUGUUUAUUGUAUAAUAGGUCUGUACAAACUUUUGUAAAAAAAAUAAAAUGAUUUCACUAGAAUACCAAGAGGCAAAGGACAUGCUUCUCAAAUAUAUCAAUGACCUUGAUUUCCGUAGUGGGCUGUCUAGUCGUUGCACUUGAACACUGCUUCUGAAAUCUUGUAUUGCUGCACUGUUAACAUUUUCUUUGGCCAUCUGAAUUUCAUACAGUUAUAGUUCAAGAAACUGCACACUGAGUUAGUGAUAGCUACACCAUUUGUUUAUGCUUGUAUAUUUCAGCACAGACUGGAGCCAACUACUUGUUAUACAAGGUCUUUGAAUGCAUAAUAAAUUAAUUUUUAAAAAACA